GGCAGUGAGUAUCCCGGCGAGACGCUGGAUGCGCAGAUCAUCGCGACGAAUGUAUCCUCCCAUACACCUCUAUAUAUUCCUUUCUUAUGGACGGCUAACUGCUACGCAGGUAUACUACGACUUCUCCAAACACGGCUUCUGGGACUCCAACUUCAUCGUCCACCCGACAAACUGGUACAUGGCGGCCAAGAUCGGCACCGACGGCCUGCACCGGGUGACCUACGGCGACGUCGUGGGACUCUCGCGCGAGGAGUACAUAGCGCGGCAGCCGACGCGUUUCGAGGAGAUCCUACCGGGGCACCCAAAACCAGAAGAGUAUAAGAUCGUCAAUAUCAGUCCGUACAAGCUGCAGCAGCGGUGUGCGCCGGGUUUCCGUGUAGGAAGGGUUCUGCUGGCGGCGGAUGCGGCGCAUUUGUGUAAUCCUUUGUAUGGUCAUAAUCAUCCUUACAUCCUUACUACUGACUGA